AUGGCUCCCACUGACCACCUCCAUGUGACUACACCACUGAGAGAAAGCAUUCUUCUCUCUAAGUUGGCUGGCACCAAGGUCUAUCUCAAACUGGAAUGUGCCCAACCCACAGCUUCUUUUAAGAUACGGGGCAUUGGAAACUUCUGCAAAACGUGGGUGGAACGUGGGUGCAAGCAUUUCGUCACUUCCUCAGCUGGAAAUGCUGGCCUUGCGGUGGCCUAUUCUGCCCGGAUAUUGGGGAUCCCAGCCACCAUCUACGUCCCCUCCUGUACCCCAGCUUUCACUAUUGAGCGACUGAAGGCAGAAGGCAGCACAGUGUACGUUGAAGGAGAGAUAUUAGCAGACAGCACAAAAGCAGCUAAAGAGUUGGUGAAGAACAACCCUGAAUGGGUUUAUGUGCCUCCAUUCGAUGAUCCCUUGAUCUGGGAUGGUCACAUGUCUCUGGUCAGGGAGAUGAAAGAGCAGAUGUCCUCCAAACCUGGAGCAAUCGCCCUCUCGGUUGGAGGUGGGGGCAUGCUAUGUGGAGUGAUUCAAGGCCUACGAGAAGUGGGCUGGGAUGAUGUGCCGGUGGUUGCCUUGGAAACCAAAGGAGCUCACAGCCUGAAUGCCGCCUUGGCAGCUGGAAAGCUGGUGACCCUUCCUCAAAUUACCAGUGUCGCUACAACUCUGGGGGUGAGCGUUGUGGCAGCCGAGACUCUGAAGCUGGCUCAGGAGCACCCGACUUUCUCAGUAGUGGUCACGGAUCUAGAGGCGGUAGAAGCGAUUGAGAAGUUUGUGGAUGACGAGAAGAUCCUCGUGGAGCCUGCUUGUGGGGCUGCCUUGGCCAUUGUUUACAGCGGAAGGGUCCAAAAGCUACAAGCGGAAGGCAAGCUGACCCCCCAGCUGGACUCUCUCGUGGUGAUCGUGUGUGGAGGAAACAAUAUCACGUUGGCCCAGUUAAAGCAUCUCAAGACCCAGCUGGGCCUCUCGAAAGAGGAGGAGCCGUGGGAUGAUGACAUAGAAGAGAGCCGCAUCGCAAUGGCCAUGUGGUCUUCACAAAACAAAGGCGGCCAUUUUCGAGCUUCGUUCCAGACCCACCGUCAACCCUACGCUUAUUAAAACGCCGUUGCCUCAUGCCGUCUUCCUUCCUUCCUUCCUUCCUUCCUUCCUUCCUUCCUUCCUUCCUUGCCUUCUCUCUUACACAAAGGUGUCUGUGUGCCACAGGAACACACUGGUGGGAAUGACAGUCUGGGGCAGUGGUUCUCAACCUUUAUAGUGCUGCGACCCCUUUAAUACAAUUCCCACGAUGUGGAGACCCCUUUAAUACAAUUCCCCAUGAUGUGGCGACCCCAACCGUAAAAUUAUUUUUGUUUCGAAUUUAUCGCGCCUGAAGCCGUAUUGGCUAGCGAUCUGAACUGCUUGCGAUUGCCUUAAGGACAGAGGCAUUAAAGCGGAGACUCCUCCCCUAUGAAGUUUAUCGUGCCU